AUGCAGAAGCGUAGCGCAUGGCCCAAAGUCGCUUUGUCUACACAGUAUCGCGUUUACGCGUAUGCCUCUAACUCUAGGGAAGUAACGAGCCGCAUCAUGAAGACGUCCACCGUUAUUCGUGGCUUGCUCCUCGCUGCGUGUGCUCUAGUCGUCACGGCUGGCCCCAUUGCACCCUUGGGAAAGCCUGUCUGCAUCGCGUGCGCGAGGCACGAGGAGCGGGGAACAGAGAAGCUCGCUCGCGACAAGCGCAACAAUGGCAUUGCCGUAGGAUACCCCCGCGCUCGGGAGACGCACCAGGUCCCGCAGGAUAGUGAACACGAUCUCCCGACUGGCAAAUUCGAUGAUCAUGAACUCAAGGCUGAGGUCCAGGACGAUAGCAGUGAGAAGCGCAGUGCUUCUGAAGGGGUCUGA